AUGCGUGCCUCUAUUACCGCUCUCUCGCUCCUCGGUGCUCUUUCAGCUGUGCAUGCAGAUCUUCAUCACCUCAUUGUUGGUACAUUUGGUACUGAAAGCCUUUAUACACUCGAAUUUGAUGACUCUGCUUUGACUCUAAACUUGAUCCAAAAUCUUACAGUCUCUACUGCGUCUUCAUGGAUUGCUUUGAGUCACGACAAGAAGAAUCUAUAUGGGACUGCUCUCUCUUCUGGCUCUUCGGCCGUGCCAGCCUUUGUUAGCUAUGCUCUUGGAAAUGCAACGGACAUCACUUACAGCAACCUCGUUGAUUUGGGCGGGAAUUGCAGCUCGUCAAAAGCUAUCUUCGUGAUGGCUGCAACCGAAAGUCCUUACGCUGUCUAUGGAACACCAUUCGGCGGGACAGCGGACUGUGGUGCCGUCAUAUCAGUUGACGAAAGCGGUGUUCUGUCCGAACUCAUCCAAAAUUAUACCUACAAGUCUACCUCUGCUGUCCACGGCUUGGCCAUGAAUACCCAGAACACAUUCUUGUACUCAGCUGAUGAUUCCGGAAACACACUUUGGACUCACAGCGUCGACAAUACUACUGGAGAGCUUACAUACGUUGCCAGUCUUGAUGGACCAGCAACGGGAUCUGAUCCACGCCAUGUCGCUAUUCACCCAGAAGGACAAUACCUCUAUGUGAUCCUCGAGGGCGCGAAUGAGCUCGCACAAUAUACCGUUGAUCAAUCAACAGGCAUUCCCUCAUUUCAAAACGUGACGUAUCCUCUCAUUCCAUCAGGUUCGGACUCUUCCUCAUUCUGGUCGGAUGAAGUCGCACUCUCUUAUAGCACCAAUUACCUGUGGGCCACGUCCCGUGCUCGGUCGACUAACGCCACGGGAUAUAUCUCCGCCUUCUCCCUCGCCACUGACGGAAGUAUCACUUCUCAACUAUUCCUCAGCCCCACAACAAAUAGUGGAGGAACAGCAAAUUCCGUCUCGCCGAGUCCGUUUACUGAUACCUUCGUGGCGUUGACGGAUAGUAGCGUAGGUUUUGUGGAGAUUUGGCAGCUUGCGGAGAAUGGAACUAGUGCCAGUGUCGUUGCGAGGGCGGAUCUUGAUGAUGGGGGUUGCUGUGCUAAUGCGGUGUGGUAUUCGUGA